AUGAGAAUAAUAAUUAAAGGAGGUAUCUGGAAAAACACGGAAGACGAGAUCUUGAAGGCUGCUGUUAGUAAAUACGGCAAGAAUCAAUGGGCUCGUAUAUCUUCGUUGUUGGUUAGGAAAUCACCAAAACAAUGCAAAGCUAGGUGGUAUGAAUGGUUAGAUCCUAGUAUUAAAAAAACUGAAUGGUCCAAAGAGGAGGAUGAAAAAUUACUUCAUCUUGCUAAGCUGAUGCCUACACAAUGGCGAACAAUUGCGCCUAUUGUAGGAAGAACACCAUCUCAAUGUCUUGAACGAUAUCAGAAAUUAUUAGAUGAGGCUGAGGCGAAAGAAGGAGCAGAUUUAGAUUUAACUGGGCCAGUUGGAGAUGCAGGUCCUAGCGCUGAUGAUGUUCGAAGGUUAAGACCUGGAGAAAUUGAUCCUGACCCUGAAACUAAACCUGCAAGACCUGAUCCUGUUGAUAUGGAUGAGGAUGAAAAAGAAAUGUUAUCAGAAGCUCGAGCUCGUUUGGCUAAUACACAAGCGACGAGAAUUAAAAGCUGCCGGGAUUGA